UGCGUGCCAACAUGCAGCAGGAUGGAUGUGGGUCCCUCGUGUUCCAACGGGGCCAGCUACCCUGGAUGCCAGUGCAAGCAGGGCAUGCUCCCCGAGAACAACAAGUGUUACCUUCCCAAAGACUGCCCCUGUAAAUAUCGGGGCGAGGAUUUCCCGGCUGAUUAUGUGGUGCAAAACGAAUGCAACUUUUGCAAAUGUUUCUAUGGAUCGUGGCAAUGCACCAAAAACGAGUGUCCCAAAACCUGUUCAGUAUUCGGUUUGGAGCACGUGACAACAUUCGAC